AUGGUGGCUGAACACUUGACCAUCCGGAAUCUCACCUCCACGCCAAUCACACUGAAGCGCAUUGAACGCUUUCGCGCGCCGGAGAAAACUCGCGAUAUCGAUAUCGGUGCUCUAGCGAAGAACUUCACCAGACUAGUGACCAAUGUCACCCGCGCUGACGCCCCUGUCGCAACAAUCACGGAUGAUUCCAAACCUUUCCAGCACAAGGACCUCGACAUCCAUGUUGAGCCAUUCAAGACAAUGCGCACAGAGCUGCGCUCAUACAUCGACUCGGACAAGGAGCGAAUCCGCUGGGUAUUCGAGUCCAAGGGCGAGCGACACCAAGUCCAGACUCCAGUGCCAACGACCGAAACAGCCAGCAUGAAGCCGCUGAGCAAGGACGCGAAGCUCCGAUUCACGGGUAUCUUCUCGCCAGCUGAAUCUCAUCUUGCCGUCUUCUCAUCUGCGAACCUGCAUGCGUGGAUGAAGGAGCUCAAAGAUGACACCUUGCUCUCCUCCCUUUCCAUACCAGGAACUCACAACUCCCCAACGUGCCACGUCGCACCACCCUCAGUUCGCUGCCAGGCCGUCAGCCCACGAGAGCAGCUAAAGAACGGCGUGCGCUUCUUCGACAUCCGCGUGCAGCCCAAGUUCCCCAAUGACGCGGCCAAGGACGAACUCGCCCUCGUGCACAGCAACUUUCCUGUCUCCCUGACAGGCGAGAAGUACUUCCGCGACCUGGAGCGCGAAGUCAACGACUUCCUCGAGCACAACCCAUCCGAAACGCUCAUGAUCUCGCUGAAACGCGAAGGACCCGGAACCCACACAGACGAACAACUCAGCCGCAUCAUUCGCGACCACUACGCCCGUCCAGGGAGCAGGUGGUACACCGACCCUAAGAUCCCAACCCUCGGCGAGGCCCGCGGCAAGAUCGUUCUCGUCCGCCGCUUCAACAUGCUCGAGGAACUCAAGGACAUCCACGGCGGCCGCGGCUGGGGUAUCAACGCGACAGGCUGGGCGGACAACUGCGCCAACGCAACCUGCCCCAGCGGGCAACUCAUCAUCCAGGAUUUCUACGAGGUCCUAGAGACACAAAACAUCGACAAGAAAAUCCAGUAUGUAAAAGACCACUGCAAGCGCGCCGGUGAAACAUGCUACCCCUUCGGUGUCCUUCCCGGACCCAAAGCAACAAGAGCCCAUCCAUUCUACAUCAACUUCCUGAGCGCAAGCAACUUCUUCAAGCUGGGCACGUGGCCGGAGAGGAUUGCGGAGAAGUUGAACCCCGCGACAGUUGAUCAUCUCUGUCGCAGGCAUGGGGAGAAAGAGGGGGCCGACUGGUCAACUGGGAUCCUGGUUACGGAUUGGGUUGGGCUCGAUGGAGACUGGGAUCUUGUUAGGGCUAUUGUGGGCUUGAAUGCUAAGCUCAUGGUUAGGCAGAGGAAGCAGGAGAAUGAGCACAAGGAGGAGCAUGAUAAGAAAUAG